GACUGAGGCCCUGCCCCCGAAGGCGUGACCGCUGCUGCAGGAACUCGCAGGCGGGGGACGAGGAAACGCGGGCGGCUGCGGAGCGUAGAGACCCAGAUUCAAGUCACCAGAAUUACUCCUGCAUACCUACCAGGUAAAUAGAGUUCUGAAGAAGACAUCGUUCGCAUUGCCAAUGAGUGAGGUGUUCACAUUACAAAGCAAACAGGAGGAUAGAGACUCCGAAGGUGAAGAGGAUGACAUGACAUGUGGAGACUUAGGAAAUGGACUUGAUAGAAGACCUGGUGGUGUCUAUGAAAUGGAAGGUUUAAAUGUGCACACAUUUAGAUCUAGGAAAGGGUCUGGUAAGAUCUUCAGCCCGCUUCUGCUAAAGAGAGGGGAAGAAAGUGAUGCUGCAAUUUUUCACUAUUCAAAAUGCAAUGGUUUGUAUGAUGUGUCAUCCAAAAAGCCUGGGAUAAGUGGCAUUACUAGAUGCAGCCGACAAAAUAGUUCUGAAUCUAAUUUUGACGUGUCAAAUGAAGAGUUAAGGCAACAACUUCGGGAGGCUAUAGAGGAGGUAGAGAUUUUAAAAGUAGAGCUUGAAGCAUCGCAGAGACAACUUGAAGGAAAAGAAGAAGCACUUAAAAUUCUGCAAAAUAUGACAGUGUUUAAUAAAGCCACCAGUCAUACAAAAGCAAUGCUUCGAAAAACUGAGGAACAAAAGAGAGGUUUAGAAAAGGAAAUAAAUGCUUUGCGAUGGGAAAUUGAAUUUGAUCACGAACGGUUUAAAAACAUAGAGGAGGCAUGGACAGAAAAAUGUGACAGGAUAUACUGUGAAAAUGCAGCCCUUAAGGAAACAUUGAAACUCAGAACAGAUGAAGUUAGAACUCUUAAAUCUGAAAAUGCAAGAAAAGAGAAGAAGUUACUUGAGGUGGGCUACAGCUAUUUUUUGAAUCAACAGCACUUGGAGUUUCUUGCAAUGCUUGAUGUAAAACAACAGAAGAUUAUUCAGGAAAAUAUGUCCAUUAAUAAAAGUGGCUUUACAGAAAUUACAGGUCUUGAACUGGCGGUUCUUGGAGCCUGUACCUGUAAUGCUUCUGGAGGAGAGCCCUGUUCCUGUGCUAAAAUGUCAGCUGCAACUCGAAAGCAGCUCCUUCAGCUCAGACAAGAGUGUGAAGCUCUGAAGAAGAGUAAAGAAGAAGCAUAUAUAAUGGCAGAUGCCUUCAGAAUUGCGUUUGAGCAGCAGUUAAUGCAGAGAAAAGACCAGGCUUUGAGGCUCACACAAGUGAAUAAGAUCUGUAAAAAAGAAACAAAACUUAUAAACUGGAAACGCCUGAAAGAGGAUGGACUUGUGAUGUUGCAAGGGAACAAGAAAAAUCUGGGACAAAAGUUGACGGGCAUGCUUAUUUCUGAUGCUGACUGCAGGAAAAUGGAAGAACUAGAUAAUCCUCAUGAAAUGCUUAGGCUGCUGAUAGAUUUGCUGAGUGAUAAAGAAGAGGCUUUGGCUCAUCAAAGAAAGGUUAGUUAUAUGCUGGCUCGUGCAAUGGAGGAAAAAGAAGAUGCAUCAAAGCAGAGUAAUGAAAACAAUCAUUCAGGAGAGAACAUUACUCUGAAGAACCAUCAGGAUACAGCUUCAGAAUCUCAAGAGUCAACUGAUCCUGAAUAUUCAUGUUGCCAAAAUCUUGGCUCUCAGGACAAUACUUUCUCAAUUCGCAACACGAAAAUAUAUCAAAAAUCAGCAAGACCACUGAAAAAAUCACAUUCCUGGCCAUCCAGGAAUUUAAAAGAAAAUUAUGUGCAAGGGACAGAUGAAACUACAGAUAUGAAUUGUACAUAUCAAGAGCACUCAGAAUUAAAAAAUAACUUGUAAUAGUGCCAAGGCACAAGUAAAUUUAAACUCUAAUUCUGUAAUAAAAUUCUGGAAAAUUUGGUUUAUGAACUACUUUUCUAAAGAACGUAUUUCCAUACUCCAGUUAAAAAUGUUAAGAUACUUAUGUUUUUUAAUUAUGUUGUACUAUAUAAGCCUUUUUAGACUUUGUAAACUGUCUGUUUACUGUCUGCUUCUGUGUGUGCCUGCUAUUAUGAAAAAAAGUCAGCCAAAAGUUUUUGGAAGGAUUGGUCUAUUAAUCAAGGUGGCUUGUUUUUGCUGCGGGGAAGACUUUGCCUUUUACCUGUUCUUUUCCUCUUAUGUCUGAUAACCAAAUUAAAGACGUUAAAAAGCCAUUUGAUUCUCUUCCAACUCUGCCGUGUGCUUAAAAAAAAAGGUAUAAGAAAUGUGUGGAAAACCAAGAGUCAUGCUGUGCUUUAUCUGUUCAUUAAUGAACAUUAGCAAUGCUGGAUGCAUUUCAAAAUCCUGUAUGUAACACACAGCAGCAAAGACCAUUCCAGAUUAAGUCCCAACAAAUAGCUUCAUGGUUUCAGUGUUUGUUUUGUUUUAUUAUUUAAGUUAUAAUUAUACCAGUGUCCACAUAGACCAGGACCAAAGCAGAGUUGCAACAUGGAGGUUCCCAAACAUGUUUUGACACAGAUAAUUUCAUAGUGCAUAUGGUCCCUAAGAUACAUUAGCAGAGCUGUUAAAUCUUUCAAAUCACCUGCCCACACUACCCCUGGCUGAUGCCAAGGCUGUUAGUCACUGUUUUGUGUGCAUUGAAUUUCCUUAUAAAUUAAAAGAUUCUGGGCCCAGUACUGGAAGUUGGUGGGGAUUUGAACUAGUAGAGUAUAGCCCUGAUCCUUUACUACAGCUUCUAGGUACUAGCAUAAUAUGAAUAAUAAAUGAUGUAAUUUAACCAGAGAGAAUAAUAUUUUUGAAACCUAAACAUAUAUUGAGAUUUUACAUAAAAUAUAAGCUAAAAUAUUUGUUAAAUGUUUUACUACUAUUGGACUGCUUGUAGUUACAUCCUCUUCAAUUUUUAUUUAGGAAUACACGUCUUUAUGACUAUACUAAGCAAAGACUACUUUUUUUUUAAAUUAUAAUU